AUGAGGAGCGGUUCCAGAAACGAGCCCAGCAAUGAGAUGACCCUUGACCUUGCGGGGAACAACAAGCUGCUGACGGACACGCGGCUGGAGGACAGGGACAUGGUGCCGCUGUGUCAGACGUUAGCGAACAGCACGUAUGUCUCACGCCUCGACCUCAGGUACAACAACAUCACUGAUGAGGGAGCAAAACACCUGGGGAAACUUAUAGAGGUGUCUGUUUCCCUCCGUUUUCUCAAUGUGAUGUGUAACGAUAUAGGACCAGAUGGUGCUGAACACAUUGCCAGGGGGCUUCAUACCAAUGAGACGCUGACAGAGUUGAAAGUGAACGGAAACAAGAUCGGGAACAAAGGAGGAAUGAUGUUUGCCUCGGCCCUGCAGAUCAACACUGGGGUGGAACAGCUGGACCUGGGGGAUGCUGAUCUGGGCACAGAGAGUGUGAUUGCGCUGGCCACCAUUCUCCACUACAACAAGUUUCUUAAAGCCCUGAAUGUCAACCGUCCGCUACUCUUCACCCACCAGGAAGAGACGACAGUCCACAUGGCGAACAUGCUGAAGGUCAACACCACCCUGCGGGAGAUUCACCUGCAGAAGUACGACAUGCGAGACUUCGGAGCUGAGAGACUGGUGGAGACGCUACAGGAGAACAUCGCACUGUCUUACUUAGACCUCAGCUGUAACAGAAUAACCCGAGACGGUGCCAAACACCUGUCCAAGCUGCUGAAGAAGAACACACCUCUGCAGGUGCUGGACCUCGGCUUCAACAGGAUCGAAGAUGAUGGGGCUAUCUACCUGAGCGAGGCACUCAAACACUUCAACACGAACCUACACACACUCGUGCUUACCCACAACUGUAUCCGUGGUAACGGGCUCGUCGCUGUUGCGGACGCCAUGAAGACCAACAGCACACUGUACAGUGUGUUCAUCUGGGGAAACGAGCUGGAGGAAUCUGCAUGUGUGGCCUUUAAUGACCUGAUUGAGUCUGCCCGCCUGGACACAGAACAGACAGAUGUCCAGCCUUACGUAGUGGACGGGCGAGUCUACCUGUCCGAACUGUCCCACGGCAUCAGGAGGCACUACUACUGGACACCCAGUUACGGGCCGGACGUCGAGAAGAAGAAAGAUGAUCUCUUACUGUGAUAUCUUCUCAACAACGUCUUGCACACAUUAGCUAGGGGUGUCAGUCAGUUGAUCAUGGGUUUGAUGUGGAGAAAAAAUGAAAUGAUCUUCUCAUGUAAUUUCUUUCCAAUAACACUGUAUCAUUCUACAUUACAAAGCUAUGGGCCCAAUACAUUGUACGAUAACCUAACAGUCUUUUGUUGUGAACUAUAGAAAAUUUUCUUCACAACAGCCUGUAUGUGAAAUAAGGGAAUACAUUUUUUGACAAGUUUGUGUGUCUUAAUAUGAGCAGUAUGUGUAUAAUUGUACUAAAACCUACAUCAUAAGGGGAUAUGUUGUGAAGCCUUCUCAUUGAUAUUUAUGCACAUAAUUUGGGUAAAAACAUGAAAAACAGAAUAAUAUCGGUAGAGACAUUCUACUUCAUGUGGAAUUGUUGGCACAGUGUACGUGUUCACAGAGUUAAGCAGUUUUUCCUGUAGAACUGAAUCAGUGCAUGUUAAACCAAUUUGGACUUUUGUAAAUAUUGCGAGUUUAUUUCAGAGAAAGAAUAUACUAGUAGAUUUGUAUAUAAGUCAAACAACCUUUCAUACUGUAUUAUACUGUAUGAAUCAAAUAUCGAUUUAGGAGAUAUUUAUGUCAUGGUAACGUUACAUGUAUGCAGAUUUUCAGUGCCUUAAAAGAGAAAUACUGCAGAAUGAGUUUUAUCCAGAGUCUUCUAUUAUAAAGAAUGGAUGUGAGAUGUAAAUAACUUUUUGUGCCUUCUAUGCAUACGAAAAUAAAACGUGUUUCACCAUCA